UCGAAAUUACAUGGGUGAGUUCUAUUUUAACGGUCAGCCAAACGUUUUUAAACAUUUACAUGGCUACGAAAACUUAAAUGUAUAAACUGAAUACAAUGUGAAAAAAUCUAAAUUCGAUAGUACAAUGUAGAAUUUAUUUAUUUUUUUCAAAAGUAAACAAAGUACACUCUUAGCUUUACUGACCCUCAAACUUCUCCACUUUUGCCUUCUCCUUCCCGUCAACCAGCAAAAACCAUAGCAAUACAAUCAGCCAUCAACACCACCAAUUACUGACCCGUCAGCAACGCCACUCCAAGAACCGUUUACGGUCUACCGCCAUCCAGCAACUGCGAACCUGCCGCCGGUCUGCACCGAUAUCAAUUCAUUUUACACUUACCCAGAAAGAGGGGAGGAUAUGGGGUCAGAGGCUUUGCAGGCUAUAAAAGUUUAUAGGCACCUUCUCAAAUCUGUGAAGAAGCACAUUGGACUGGAAGACUACAAGCAGCACUUCAGGGAUUUUAUUAUGGAAGAGUUCAAGAAGAAUUGUAAACUAUCCGAUCCAUCCUCUAUUCAGAAUAAACUGAAACUUGGUCGUGAUUACACUUUCUUGCUUAAUAGUGUCCAUCAUCAAAAGGAGCUAUUAUUUUCUUACAACAUUGCUGUGGAUAGAUCAGAUGAGAUGAAGCGGAUACUGGGUAAAUCGGCUGCCAGUGUAGGGCUGCAGCUCCCUGAGGUAUAUCAACCCUGAUACAGCCUUACAUAAUGCCUUUUUUAGCCUCGUAUUAAGCAGACUAGCAAACCAUAAGCAUAGAACAGUUUUGACGAGUUGAAUGAAUGUUAUGCUGGCCCUUUAAUUUGUUAGACAACUGGUGGAUGUGCCCUUGUUUGAGCCUUUGAGGGUAUCAUAUUUGCUGUAUACGAACAACCUAAAAAGGAAGUUGGGUUUCCAGAAACCAUGUGAAAGCUGUUUCAUGGUAGUCGCUCUCUAUAUUUCUCUUCUCAACAUUGGACAAUAAUUAUGGUAAUAAGAAAAUAUAAACAAGAAUGUGCUAAAAAUUUGUUCUUUUGGCAAUUAAUGUGCUAAUAAUUUGGUUUAAGCAGA